CAGCGUUUCAAGGGCGUUUAACUAGAGAGGUGUUCAAGAGUGAAAGUGAGGUACUGUAGGCUGCGCCGUGGAUGUACCGCUACACUAAUUUAUAAAAACAAUGGCUCCGCCCUCACUUUACUGCAUCACAUGGUUUCGAUGGAAGCUGCUUUUCUGUAUAUAAGACCGGAGAAACGGUACCGUGCUUCAGGCUCCCCGCAGCACGUGAAGACCACCGUGUUUUGACCCGUUGCAACAAGCGCUUUUAAAGGGCCAGCACCCGGCUCACUUCAUCACUUCACAAGUCAUCAUGGCGGAGUCCAACCUAACACCACUUUAUCGGGCUUUGUCUCGGACAUCAAUGGAGACGAUAGAGGAUUUUUCGCGAAGUAUUAAUCCGCCCCGAAUGAAAAGGUUGUCGAGCUGCAAUUCGAUUGAGUGCGUUGACCCGGUGACUUCACCUUCCGCAGAGGCGCGUGUCCUGGUCAUCAACACCGGAGGAACUAUCGGGAUGACACUUCACGAUAACGUGCUUGCCCCAAAAGCAAAUGCUUUUGUGAAGCAAAUGCGCAAAUUGCCUGUCGUCCAUGAUGAGCUGUAUGCCCAGCAGACUCGCCUGUAUGACUACUAUGGCUCUGAGAACACCCUGGUCCUCCCGAAGCCAACGCCCCACUCUGACCGUCUAUUUCACGGGCUGAGUAAAGACAAUAAGAGGAUAAUCUACACUAUCUUAGAGUACAAGCCUUUGCUUGACUCCUCCAAUAUGACUACAGAUGACUGGGGUAGAAUUGGAAAGGACAUUGAGAAAAACUACGAAAACUAUGAUGGAUUUGUGAUCCUUCAUGGCACAGACACUAUGGCUUACACAGCCUCUGCCCUGUCUUUCAUGUGUGAACAUUUGGGCAAACCAAUCAUUCUCACCGGCUCACAGGUUCCUAUCUAUGAGAUGAGGAAUGAUGGCAGAGACAACCUGCUGGGGGCGCUGCUGAUUGCUGGCCAAUUUGUGAUUCCUGAGGUGUGUCUGUAUUUCUACAACAAACUCUACAGAGGGAAUCGUGUGACCAAGGUGGAUGCUGGGAGUUUCAAUGCAUUCUCCUCUCCUAACUUGGCUCCUCUGGCCACUGCUGAAGUGGAUAUUACAAUUAACUGGGAUACAGUGUGGAGGGCAAACACCACAGCAAAGUUUCAAGUCAGCACCGAGCUGAACAGGAACGUGGGCCUGCUCAGGCUGUUCCCAGGAAUCACUUCUGCUACUGUGAGGGCUUUCCUGCAGCCGCCCAUGGAAGGUGUGGUCCUGGAGACCUACGGCAGUGGAAAUGCCCCCGAUAACCGUCUUGACCUGUUGGAGGAGCUGAAGAAGGCCACUGACUCUGGUGUCAUCAUCAUCAACUGCACCCAGUGUCUGAGGGGGACUGUGUCUGCAUCUUACGCUACUGGCAAGGUGUUGAUGGAUGCAGGGCUGAUAGCUGGUGGAGAUAUGACUCCAGAGGCGGCCCUGUCAAAGCUGUCCUACGUUUUGGCCAAGAAAGAUCUCGAUCUAGCUGCCAAGAAAAAGAUGAUGGCUCAGAACCUGCGAGGUGAGAUGAGUGCUGACUUGGCAGGUGCCAAGCUGUGUCUGAGCGACAGCCGUUUCAUCCAGGUUAUCGCCAAGUCUCUGAGCAUCAGCUGUAAGGAGGAGCUGGAAGCCAUCCGUGAUGCCCUGACCCCUCCACUAGCAUGUGCUGCUGCUAAGAUCGGAGACAAAGAGGCGUUAGAAGCCAUAAAGGAAAUGGGCGGUAACUUGUUUCUGGGUGACUAUGAUGGACGUACACCCCUGCAUAUUGCCGCCUGUGAGGGCCACCUCGAACUGGUGGAGUACCUACUGAAUCAUGGAGCUACAGUGUAUGCUAAAGAUCGCUAUGGGGACACACCCCUAUGCAACGCUGUACGCUUCAGGCACAAGGAGGUUGUGAAGCUGCUGAGAAAGACUGGAGCCCACUUCUCCAGGGACAAGUUGGAGGAAGCAGGAACAGAACUGUGCAGCCUGGCUGCCAGUGGUGACCUGGAGGGCCUGAAAAUCUGGAGCCUUGCCGGAGCUGAUCUGAAUGAAACAGGCUAUGACGGACAGACAGCAAUUCAAGUGGCCCAGGCUGUUGGCCAAAAGGAAGUGGUGGCCUUUUUAGUCCAACUCAUGAGCAACAGAUCCAAGACAGUAUUUGAUGGAUUUAAUGAGUAUGAUGAUGAUGAUGAUGAGAACGGCAGAGGCAUCGAGUUCACUGCCUCUCCAGCAGGACGUUGAGCUGACGCUGCCUCAACCAACAGGAAUAGUCCUUUGUCUGUGUCCACUUCCUCCCAAGCCGUCCUCUACAGGCCAUCUUCAACACACCGUCCACCUGUCCCGUUGACUUUCACAGUCUUAUAUUAGCAUGACAUUUAAAGUCAUCACUGACUACAGUAUUUCCCUAAUAGCACAUCCUUGUGUAGCACACAGUGCCCAAAAAGGGCAACACUAUAUGUAUGUAUACAUAUAAUAUACUAUAUACACUAUAUAUAUAUAUAUAUAUAUAUAUAUAUAUAUGUAUGACUGUUACACUGCAAUGUAUGCACAAGGAAACAUCAUCCUGAAUGUUUCAAACAAAUUAAUUGACUACUAAGUAUGAACCAUAGACUGUUAUUCUAAUGUCUAAUCAGGGAUUUAAGGGUGUACCUGAGCUGUUUUAACAUAAAGACUGCUCAAACCUCCUCAGAAGUGAAGGGUAGUGGUUAAAUCUUGAUGUUUUAAAAUAUAUAUAUAUAUAUAUAUAUAUAAUAUAGUGUCAAAGAACUCUGAAUAUUGUGACGUUACUUUAUAAAGUAAUGUUGGCUCUUGCUAUAGAAAUGUAUUCACGAUAUCUGAAACAGGCACAUUUACACAUUUUAUUUUUAUGCUAUUUUUACAGAGAUAUGCUGGAAAAUAUUGUGCAAAGUAGUGAAAAUAAGAUUGUGUUUUUAUCAUCUGGGAUCCAAUUGUAGUACUUUUCCGGUCCAAGUACACCUCAGCCCCCCCUGAAGCAAAAGGUUUCAUUUCCUUCUGCUCAAACAGGUGCUACAAAAACCCAGUUACCUUUCAGGCUCAUCCAGCCUGUUUCACUUGCUGAUUGUCAAGCUAGAAGAGUUGCAUAUCUCCCUUUUGUAAUGUAAAGGGGGAAUUCAGACUAUUGUGUGAGUCAGAUAAAGUCAGUUUCUGUGUUCUCUGAUGUAUUUUGAUCGUUUUCUUAUAUCCUUUUGCAAGCAAAUGACUUGUUUCACUUUAUUCAUCUUUGUUGUGCAACAAGUAAAUGGUGUUAAACAUUGCUACUCUUGUUUGAUAUAAUUUAAUUUUUAAAUGUAGGUCAGUUGUCUUUUACACUUUAAUGUUAUCAUCUGUAAGGGAAUCCACUGUGAUUACUGUGAUUACACUUCUAAAGUGCAAGAAAAUUCUAAAUUACUUAAAAUUUGUCCUGCUGUUUCCAAUGCCAUUCUUGUCUCAGUUUUGUAUUUGAAAAAAGUGUAAAGAGAAGAGCGUGUGUGAAAGGGAUGUAACGGUGGUCUGUUUCUUCUGUGGUGAAUAAAAAGUAACAGAAAUAAACCUUAUAUUUUAAA